CCGGAAGAACAUAGGGGGCCUGAGGCUCCUUUUCCUGCUGCUUCCCAUCCUGUUGACUCUUGGCUACUUGUGUGGCGCAGUGACCUGGCUCAAGGAUGCGCUGGGGGAGAUGUCCUGGCCUCGUGGAGCUGAGCAGGAACUACUGGGCAGUUCACAGGCCUCGGUGAAGCAGGAGAUGCAGGACUUCAAUCAGAAAGCGGUUCAGGUGUAUGCUGCUAGGAGGAAUGUACUACAGAUUGUGAGAGAUGUCCUCGAAGACCAUGCUGUCCAAGAGGAGCAAACGCAGGAAAUUCUGCAGUUGACAGAGGUGGCAGUUAAGAAGGUGCUUGAGAACUAUGUCCUGAUGCCUGACUGGGCUCUGGAGUCCACAGGUGCCACCAUCGAUGAAGAGAGGACAUCCAAGAGUUAUGGUGGGAAAGACAUGAUCACCUGGAUGCGUUCUCUGUUCACCUUCUUUUUUGCAAACCCUCCAUCAACAAUCUUGCAGCCCAGUAUUACCCCUGGCAACUGCUGGCCUUUCCAGGGAUCUCAGGCCCAUGUGGUCAUCCGGCUGCCUGCGCACGUCUGGCCAACAGCUUUCACCGUCUGGCAUAUCUCCGCGGCAGUGUCUCCCUCUGGGGAGGUCAGCAGUGCACCCCGAGAGUUUACUGUCUUUGGAGUGGACGAGGCAAAGGCAGAAACUCUCUUGGGAACAUUUACCUACGACGUGCACAAGGAGAUCGCUCAGACAUUCCAUGUGCAGAAGGAGCUUCCCGGGCCGUUUUCUUACAUCAAAUUCCAGGUGCAGAGCAACUGGGGAAAUCCAGAGUACACAUGUGUGUACCGAGUACAGGUUCAUGGGAAGAUGGCGAGGAACAACAACAACUGUAGACCCUAG